AUGUAUUUCAGACCAACAUCAAAACAUAAAUAAUCCAGUGAUGAAUAAUUUACCAGUUGAAAUCAUAUGUUUUAGUGUUCAGUAUUUCUACUGGUAUUGGGUAAAGGUGUCAUCUAAUCUUUGUGUGCACAAGAGACAAUGGAAAGGUGCUCUCUUUUGGAGUACAUUGUCUUUCUAAAAGUACCACAUCAUGGGAGAUUGACACCAGCAACCAAAGGAGUAACAAAUACCACAAUCAUACAAGACCAGGCCCACUUUCAUAGAAAAUAUCCUGUGUUCAUUCUUAUUGAGUGGUUGAUAUUCGCGCUACCUACGCCAACCAAUUACAUACAGAAGAGGAAAAUGCUGGGAUAUAUAUUUCUUCUGGUACUUCUUGGCAUACUUCAUUUGCAAGGUUCUCAAGCCGUAAACUGCUACACAUGUUCCUCAUAUAAUGGAAGUGAUGUGAACUGUGAAGACCCGUACAAUCCCGCUAUGUCGACAUACACUGAAAAAUGCAUGGUACCUAAACAGGGCCACAUAGGCACAUUCCCAGCUAACUUCUGCAUCAAAAUUGUGGGAAAGAAUGUGGACACGUGGGAACUGAUGGUGAUUCGUGCCUGUGUCAUGAAGACAAUGGACACCCAAUGUGGAGUGUUUCGCUAUCAGGACUAUACAAUGACAGGCUGCAUCCUUACUUGUGACUAUGAUGGUUGCAAUAUGGGGAGUCAUGUUGGCCCUCACCUGCCACUUCUUGGGACUACAGUUAUCUGGUUAAUAUUUAAAUAUUACACAUAAGAAACUGUUCUCAGAGUUGAAUCCCAGUGAUUUUUACUGUUUUAUUAAACUGUUCUUUUAAUCACUUCUAUGA